ACUUCCUUGUUUUUCCAAAGGAGGAGUUCAGACGUCAUGUGACCGCUGCACAGACUAACACAGCAGCUGAGCGGUGAAGCCCCACUACACUGAGGGAGGUGACGACUCUGGACAUCGGCUGUGGACGCUUCUGCAGAAUAGAAAAAUGUCUACAGUGAUGCUGCAGGAGGUUCGAGAACGGAUUUCCAAAGAACUGGAUACUGUAGUAGACUUCUGGCUCAAAUACUCUCAUGACAAAGAACAUGGGGGCUACUUCACUUGUAUUGGGAAAGACGGGAAGAUUUUCGAUGAGCUCAAGUACGUGUGGCUGCAGGGCAGACAGGUGUGGAUGUACAGUCGCCUGUAUCGAACCGUUGAUCGAUUCCACAAACCUGAAAUACUUGAAGCAGCUAAGGCUGGAGGGGAGUUCCUCAGAAAGUUUGCACGCGUCUCCACUAGCAACGGCCAAUGGAAAUGUGCCUUCUGUUUAACCAAAGAUGGUAAAGCUGUAAAAGUACAGAGGACCAUCUUCAGCGAGUGUUUCUACGUCAUGGCCAUGGAUGAAUUGGGGAGAGUCACCGGGGACAAGGACAUGCAGCUGGAGGCUGAGCAGGUGAUGGAGCAGCUCAUAUACUGGGUUCGAGUGGAUGGGUCUGGCUUGGGUCGACCACAGCUUCUUGGGGAUGUUCCCACCAAUAGUAUGGCAGUUCCCAUGAUGCUAUUGUGUCUGGUGCAGCAGCUGACUGAGGGACGGGAUCAGGAGGUGGUUGAGAAAUACAAAGAGUUGAGCAGCUGGUGUGUCCAACAGGUUCUACAGCACAUACAGAGAAAUGGCACGGCCAUUUUAGAGAACGUGUCACCUGAUGGAGCAGAGUUACCUGGUUGCCAAGGCCGACUGCAGAACCCAGGCCAUGCACUGGAAGCAGGCUGGUUCCUGCUUCAGUGCAGUGCGCAGAGGGAGGACAAGGAGCUUCAGAGAGCGGCCAUUGACAAAUUUGUGGAGCUGCCUUAUCAAUGUGGUUGGGAUCAAGAGCAUGGUGGCCUAUUCUACUUCCUGGAUGUGGAUGGUCACUGUCCCACACAAUUGGAGUGGAAUAUGAAGCUGUGGUGGCCUCACUGUGAAGCUCUCAUCGCUUUUCUCAUGGCCUACAGUCAAACCAAGAAACCUGAACUGCUGGACAGAUUUUUUCAAAUAUAUGAAUAUACCUUUAGCCAUUUUCCUGAUGUCAAGAAUGGUGAGUGGUUUGGAUACUUGUCACAAGACGGAAAAGUGGCAAUGGAUUUUAAGGGAGGCCCUUUUAAAGGGUUCUUCCAUGUUCCUCGCUGUCUUUACAUGUGUGAGAGAAUUCUGGAUGAUCUGCUGGGGAGCAGCAGUUGAACCAGCAGUUUACUUGACAACACAUUUACUACAUUAAUAUCAGGGUUCUGAUUUCUAAACCACUUUAUAAUCAUUAAAUAAUCUACCAUAAUUUUCUUAUGUUUCAAUUAUUCAUCAUUUUAAAGUUGUUUUUUUAUUAAACAAAGAAAACGACCUCAGAUCACAGGGCAUUAUAUUGAGUUGUAAUUUGAUAUAUUAUUGCUGCUGAUUAUUAAAUGUUAUAUUUGAGUAAA